AAAAAAUAGAGAGACAGAGAGAGAGAGAGAGUGCGAGAGAGAGAGAGAGGAAGCAGUGGGGUAAGACUGGCUUUCUUUCUACUGUAGUCAUAUAGAAAACCAGGGCAGUAUCUGAAACAGAAGGGCCAUUUUAUAACUAUACUGUUCAGUGACGUAUGGAUGAGACUCUGCUAGCAGAAAUCUUUAUGGACCAGUAAGUUGAAUGAAAUUGAAUCUGACAAGACCCUUGCAUCUUGGAAGGGACUGUAAUCUACAGUGGUGAAGAACAGAACUAUUCAAUCACUGCAGUUGUAAAUCCAGAGACAGAGGACAGUGAAAAAGACGGGAGAGAGAGUGUAUGUUUAUUGGGCAGUGCAUUUUUGGUUGAUGGGAUGAAGCCAGCCAUGGAAACUGUAGCAGAGGAAAACACAGAGCAAAGCCAAGAGAAAAAAGGUUGCUUUGAAUGUUGCAUCAAGUGCCUGGGAGGAGUUCCCUAUGCCUCGCUAGUAGCAACCAUUCUGUGCUUCUCUGGUGUGGCGCUGUUCUGCGGCUGUGGCCACGUGGCUUUGACAGGGACAGUAACGAUAUUGGAAAACCACUUCUCCAAGAAUGUCAGUGAUCAUGCCUUGUUGACUGAAGUGGUACAGCUAAUGCAGUAUGUCAUCUAUGGAAUUGCUUCAUUUUUCUUCUUGUAUGGAAUUAUUCUUCUGGCAGAAGGCUUUUAUACAACAAGUGCCGUUAAAGAGAUUCAUGGCGAGUUCAAAACUACUGCUUGUGGGCGAUGCAUCAGUGGAAUGUUUGUUUUUCUGACCUACGUGCUUGGAGUUGCCUGGCUGGGGGUAUUUGGCUUCUCUGCAGUACCUGUCUUCAUGUUUUACAACAUAUGGUCAACUUGUGACACCAUUAAGUCUCCACCAUCAAAUCUCACAGCUCCAGAAAUCUGCGUAGAUAUUCGACAAUAUGGUAUCAUACCUUGGAGUUCCUUACCUGGAAAAGCUUGCGGACAGACCUUAGAGACCAUCUGUAACACAAAUGAGUUCUACAUGUCUUACCACCUUUUUAUUGUGGCCUGUGCUGGUGCUGGUGCUACUGUUAUUGCACUGCUAAUCUACAUGAUGGCUACUACAUAUAACUAUGCCGUUUUGAAGUUUAAGAGUCGGGAAGACUGCUGCACUAAAUUCUAAACUGUUGUAAACGUACAUUAUAGAGGUCUAUAAGGCUGCAGUGAGCAGCUUGAAUUACCACUGAUAUGGACUAAAAAGUGAAAGAAAGAAAACAAAUGGAACCUAGUCAUUAGUCUUUUAAUAGCACAGUAUUUUGUAAAUUGCAACAGUAAGCACAAAUUAGUAUUAUGGUUAAUGAACAUUGUGUUGGAUAAACAGUGUAAAAGGGUGAGAUCUGGCUAUUUGAUAAAUGUAAAGCUAUGGAAAAUGCUUUUGUUAUUGUGCUGUUCCCAUCUUGUGCAUGUAUGCAUCAGUCAGUUCAUCUUUGUUCAGCCAUAUGUUUUAAAAAUGUUAUUUCUGAAUAUUUACAAGACGUAACUGAAAUGUCGAGGGCCGUAUAUUUUUAGAAUAGGGACUAAUGGCAAUAUUUUCUUAAUAAUAUGGCAGACAUGCAUACAAACUAAUGAGCUCUUAAAAACAAUAGUACUUUUCAUGUCUUAGAUGCUGCCUGUAACAGAAAUGUAGCAUGGACAAAGCUGACAGGGUUUAGAUCAGCAGCACUUAUGUGUUUACCAAGCAUGCUAUGGCUUGCCAAUGUUUACUCACUUCCCUGCUAAAUUCAGUUGAAAGGUAAAAUCUUGUUUUGAUUAGGCUCAAAACUAUGGGAAGGGACAGCAGGCUUGUUGUCAAAAUGAGUAAAGUUUCAGAGCAGUAAAUGUUGGCAUUAUAAAGAAUGAAAUUAUGUUCAAGUAGAUUUAUGCUGCCCUUUCUGGAGCGGAUGGUUUGCUACUUACAGAAUGUAUUCCAUUACUAGGUGCCUUUGAUCCUCACUGACAAAAUUUUAGCCUUUGCACUCUGUGACUGUUGGAGAAUGGAUUACUGGAUUAGCUAUUUUCUGCUCUUACCUUGCACUUUCAGGAAUGAAAACCUAGAAUCACAAACUAAAACCAAACACAAAAGACAUUUUAAAAUUUCCAUAUUAUUUGUCCGUAGAUGGAGAAUAGUGGUGGUACUGAAAAAAAUAAGGAAUGCUGCUUAAAAUGUGCCAUACCUCGUCGGUAAAUAAGAGAUCUUAUGCCCUUAAUGUGUGUGCCAUAAAUACCUUUAGGUGAGAUACAUGGGUUUUAUUCUUAAUAACUGUCAUCAUCCUUUAGUAGAUAAUAGAAGUACAAUAAUAUUCUAUAACGGAUUCCAUUGUCAGUCAUUUGCUCUUUCAUUUUUCUUUUAUUUUAAUUACCAAAUGUGCCUCCAAAAAUAAAUAAAUAAAUAUGCAAUUCGAUUGAUAUAUUCCAUUAUAAUUUCUACAAGUGACCUGAUUAAUUUAAUUUAACAUGCAUACCCUGAACUUCAAUAAGGUCUACUAGAGUUAUUUUAUUGACAAUGGUAGAAUCAAUUUCUCCUAUGACUUUUUUCUCCCAUGUCUUACAUUUGUAUCAGUUAUAAAAUUAUAGUGAAGAUUUUAUCCUAAUAAACCAGUACAGGGAGGAAAAAAUGUCUAUGGGUGAUUUUUUUCCUUUUGUUUUGUUUACAGUAGGGAUAUGGCAGCAGAUAUUAGUUAAGUUCAUGAUUUGCUGUUGCUGUGUAAUGAGUGCCUUAUACAGUUUUGAUAAGACAGGCAGAUUUAACUUUAUAUGGCCACUUCAAGAUUAAACAUCCAUGCACCAUGGUUACCUCAUCACUUACAGUCUUCUGGUUGUACACUUUCAUUCAUUUUGUGUUGUAGUCCUGUUUACUGCUGCAUAUUCACAUAAGUGUCUAAAUGCACAAUAGCCAGAUCUCAUAUUCUCCUGUUCAUAAUUUUAUAUUGGUGGUACAUGUUUUGUAGAUGAUUUAAACUUUUGCACGAUAGUUGGAAUACAGUGAAACAAGGUUAUUUCUCAGACUGCUCAUCCCUGAAGCAGGAACUAAGAUUUUUUUUAAGUUUAAAACUAUUAUGAUAAGAAAAUUGCAUAAAAACAAGGAAAACUGAAAAUAUGGCUAUAUAUUCUCAAAAUAUUGUUUAUUGUUUUCAGCGUACUUUAUGGUAGCAAUGUUUAUUUUAAACUGACAUUUUUGUAGCCUGUCUAUGUCAUUGUACAUUUUGUUAACUCAGACUGCAUGCUGUUUCAUAUAGUUUUCAAAUUUUUGACAGCAACAUUUCUUUAUUUAACUUGUUCUCUAAUAUGUUGUAGCUAUUUUCUUUAAAUACAUUAAAUAAAACAUAUUUUGCCCCA